AUGGUCAGGAUCAGAUAUAUCGAAGACAUAUAUAAAUAAUUAAUAGAAAACUAAUAAAAUUCUAAGAAUUCUAUGUACUUAUUCUUAAGAUAUUAAUAUUUAUAUAAAUGGAAUAUUAGGAUUACCGAAAUGUCUUGUAAAAUAAUUGCAUUUGGUUUGCAAGGAUAUGUUCGAGAUCGAAUGAACAUUUUCGAUGGAACUAUAGUUUGUCUUUCAGUAUUAGAAAUGGUACUUUUUAGCGGUGGAAAUAAAGCUGUUUCAGCUUUUAGAGCUGCUAUUGAAUCUAUGGACAAUUUCGAUAUAUAGGAAGAAAAUAAUAAUACUAUGUUGAUGUUUAAGAAUAUAGACUUCGUGGAUACUUAUUUAGAUCCAGAAUCGGAAGCUUAAAAAAUUUCGAGUUAAAUGGAUAUUGGAUUUAAUUUAUUUUUUAGUAUAGAAAGUACACUAAAAAUUAUCGCAUAUGGAUUUUUUAUGGAUCAUAAUUCUUAUUUAACUGAAGCUUGGUCUUAAUUAGAUUUCUUUAUAGUAUUUACUAGUCUUAUAGAUAUGAGUUUUGAUUCUGUUAAUAUUCCAGCUAUUAAAAUUUUAAGACUCUUAAGAACUUUAAGGCCAUUAAGAUUUGUAAGCCAUAAUAUUAAUAUGAAAGUCGUAGUUAUAGCUUUAGUAGAGUCUGUUGGAGCAAUUUUUAAUGUUUUGAUUGUAGUAGUUUUAAUUUGGUUUAUGUUUGCUAUAUUAGGAAUUUCUUUAAUUGGAUAAAGAUUAGGAUAUUGCUAAAUGGAUAAUUAAUAAAGUUAUUAUGGGAUUAAUUAUGAAAAAGUAAACAUUUAUAUAUAUAUCAAAUAUAUAAUUAUAUAUUUUAUUUAAUUAAAGUGUAUAUAAAUGGGUAAUAAUUGGAGUGUUUUCUAGACUAAUUUUGACAAUAUACUGUAUGCAAUGAAUACAAUUUUCAUAUUAAGUUCAUUAGAAGGAUGGCCUGAUAUAUUUUUUUUAUGUGUAGACUCUGAUAUGAAAGAAUAUGGGCCUAGUAAAGAUAAUUAUAGUAUAAUUUUCAUAUAUUUUUUCGUAUUUAUACUUGUUGGGUCUUUUUUUUUAAUAAAUCUGUUUGUUGGUGUAAUAUUUUUGAAAUUUAAUGAAGCCUAAAAAAACGAAAAAAGAUAAAGUCUUCUUUUUUUAACUGAAUAAUAGUCUAGAUGGAUUGAAUUUCAAAUAAUGAUAAUUGGCGUAAAAGCCGAAUUUGCAGCAAAUAAUACUCCUGUGAAUAAAUAUUAGCUUUUUUUUUAUAAAAUUAUUAAUUUUAAAUUUUUUGAUGCUUUUAUUAUGUUAUGUAUAGUCUUAAAUAUUAUUUCUAUGGCAGUAGAUUAUGAAGGCUCUACUUUGGAAUAUAAUUAAGCUUUGGAGUAAAUUAAUUUAGUUUUUACAAGUAUAUUUAUGAUAGAGCUUGUUUUUAAGUUAAUUGCGUUAGGGUUUAAGGGUUAUUGGAUUUCUUCUUGGAAUAGGUUUGACCUUUUUAUAGUCUUAUCCUCUAUAUUGGACCUUAUUUUAAACUCUAUGGGAAAUAGUAUGUCCUUUUUAAGAGUAGGACCGUAAUUAGCGAGGAUUAUGAGGGUCAUGAGAGUGUCGAGAUUGCUUAAAUUAGUAAAAACUAUGUAAGGUCUACAAAAAUUGAUAGAAACUUUAGUAUUUUCGCUUCCUUCUUUAAUUAAUGUUGGGGCUUUGUUAGGUUUGGUGUUUUUUAUUUAUGCAGUUUUAGGUGUUUUUAUUUUUUAGUAGGUAACUGUGGGUAUAAUUAUUAAUAGAUACAAUAAUUUUUCGAAUUUUAGUUAUGCAAUGAUAACACUUUUUAGAGCUCGUACAGGUGAAGAUUGGUAUAAAAUUAUGCUUGAUUUAUCUAAGACUACAGAUUGUACAGAAGGAAAAGAUUGCGGAACAUAUUUUUCGUUUAUUUAUUUUAUAAGCUUUAUCUUAAUUGCUUGUUUUAUUAUGCUUAAUUUAUUUAUUUUAAUCAUUAUUUAAUAUUUUGAAGAUUAUCAUAUGAAAGAUGAUAAUCCUUUGUAAGCUUUUAAUGAAUAUUUAGAUACUUUUAGAUCUGUAUGGUCUAAAUAUACUGCUUAUUCAAACGGAGAGAAGAUAAAAAUGAAAAAUUUAAUAAAGUUUUUAUGUGAAUUACCUAUUCCUUUAGGUUAUUAUGAUAAAAGUGAUGAUUAAUAAUUAAUAGAUAAGCAUUAAGUAGCUAAAGAUAUAAUGAAUAUGAAACUUCCUGA